AUGAAUCGCCUCAAGCGAUCAUUCCAAAGCGCAAAUGCCCACAUAACCGAGCGCGGUGGGCGACGGUGUCAUGACUUUUGCGGGAUGCGGUCCGAUCUUUGCCGAAAUGGGGGCUCGUGCUUCACGGACGAGGUCACGUGCAGAGGCGGAUGUAUCUGUGCGCGUGGCUGGACUGGGCCUUGGUGUAAGCACCAGGAUAUAGCUGAUUCGAGUGGUUCUAUUCCGGACCUCUCUGCUGGGAAAGCCGUUUCAAAAGACGAUGACGUUAUUGACACAGAGCAAUUCCCUCCGCCUCAAGGUGUAAAUGAUUUACAAUCAAUAGGGCGAGAUAAGACACACGUGAAAAAAAUAUCUAAUACAGGAAAAAGCGAAUUAAAAGAACAAGUACCAUUGGGUGGAAUGAGUUUUGUAAAGCAACAACAAUUCGGACACACACUAGGUAUUUUAACAAAAAAGUCUUCUUUAUCAAGUCUGAACGAAUCUGACAAUCAAAAGUCUAUUAAUGUUAAUGACGAAUUUAUUCAGACUCUGAAUGAGUCACUCCCAAGUAAAAUUGAUGACAAGACAUUACGCGAAAGCUGUUUUACAAGUUGCCAUGACGGAGACUGCAUAAAGGUCAACAACAACUACAAAUGCAAGCGUAGACUUGAUCCAACGAAGGAUGCGGCUCCCAAGGCUUGCGGUCCUGGGUUCGAGUGCAAGCAUGGCGUCUGCGACAUGGAGGCGCUAAAAAACAACAAUCACAAGUGCAUCUGUGAGAGGAACUACGUUGGCGGCUUCUGCGAUCUCAAGUGUCCCCUCGACUGCGGGGAGCACGGCAUCUGUGACAUCCACGUCGUCAACAGAAGUAUUGACUUCAAGUGCUACUGCCAUUGGAACUAUACCGGCUAUAACUGUUCCGAGGCGAUACCGGAAGAACCCGAUGACCCUUUGCCGGACGUUCACGUGUUUCACUGGUACGUGGUAGGCGGAUCGGUGGCGAUUGUGACCGUUGUCUUGUUGACCAUGAUUGUGGCGGGAUACAUGAUGUGGCGAAGGAGACUCGUGUUUAUGCUUAAAAUAGUGCACUACUUCCAACAGUAUGAAGACGAUGAUGGCAAGGAAUAUGACGCGUUUGUUUCGUACAAGUCAUGCCCCCGGGACGAGGAUUUCGUCCUUAACCAACUCUUUCCGAAGCUCGAAGGUGAAGGCAAAUUCAAACUGUGUCUGCACUUCAGGGAUUUUUUGCCGGGCGAAGUGAUUGCAAACAACAUUGUAAAAGCUAUAGAAAACAGCCGCAGGACAAUCAUAGUGCUCUCUCCGGAGUACGUCAAAUCGGAGUGGUGUCGAAUGGAAUACCAAAAGGCCCAGCACGAGAUGUUAAAACUGAAACAUAAGAUCAUACCUAUCGUCCUCGAACCGAUACAUGACCUCAGCAAUGUUGAUACGAAUCUAAAAUCCCUGUUAAAUAGUGUCACAUACCUUGAAUGGCCAGGUUUGGAAAACAACAAAAAAGUAGACAAAUUUUGGCAACAAAUGGAAUUAUCAUUACCCAAAAAGUCAUCUGUCGAUCAGUCUUCUUCGUUGCCGUUACCAGAACAAACGCAACAGACACAAAGCGAUAACUGCUCGGAGGCCAUAUCAUCUCCGCAAAGGCCUUCUUCACUCCCAAAUGCUCUGAUUUCGAUAUCUUCAGAAAUUAUGUUGCCUAUAGAACCAUGCAUCGAAACACCUAGUGGCGAGUGUUCACCAAAAGCAUUUCAUCGACAGAAACGCACUCUUAAACAUUUCAUGGGCAAACUGGUACAGCAUAAAAUGUUUGUGCGACAAGACAGUAACAGUAGUCAGUCCGCUCUCGUUGAUUCAGACACGUUUGCGUCGAGAAGCAGUUGCGAUUCUGUCUCUGAAAGCUUGGAGACAGAAAGCAUGGAUUCGCCAUCUCUACCCUCACCGUCAGUCACGUCAAAGAGUCUCAGUAGAGAAAGCGUGUCCGUUGGCAGUAGCCGAAGCUUUACCGGCAUGCGCAAUGGUAGGAUCUGCAACGGCUUUAACUGCAGAAAGCCUUUGGUUCCCAGGCGUAGUAGCAUUGCGAGUUUUGAACGGCUUCAUUCAAGCAGCGUUAGUUCAUCUUUUGGCAGCGAUGCGAGUAUAGAAGUCAAUGCAAAGGAAAGAACGACACACUUUUGCGAAAAAGAUCAUUGCGACGAAAGUGACUGUAACGAUUGUGCUUUUAGGUGCAAUGAAAGCCAUUCCCACGAUACGGAAUGUAUACGUUGCUCGCUGCAACACAAUAACAGUAAUUCCCAAGAAUUUGUGAACAAAGGUUUUUUAUUUAAUCAAGAUCGGGUUGAUUUUCAGCUGGAGUAUGACGAUUGUAAAAAAUUCCGACAACGCUCCGAUAACAACAGGGUUAAAAUAUCAGCUAUAGCUGGUUCGGAUCAAUUAAAAAUUGAAAGAUUACCUGUUGAAAACGACACAUGUGACAACUACAACCAAGCUUUCUUAAGAAGUGCAUACAGAGGCAGCAUAAAACAUCAAAAGGACUCGCUAAAUGAACUCAUGAAAAAGGAAAGAAUGGGUUCACUUCCAAAGAAUUAUAAAAAAUCUGGCAUCAACAAGACACGCGAAGAUGCACCGGGGUUCAGUUUUACCGAACUAGAUCCGUCCUCAUUAUGUACAAAUAAAACCAUGUCCAUUGACAUUUACGAAAAUGUUUAACAUAGGAUAUUUAUCAUCAUUCUUUUUUUUAAGUCGACUGUUAAGUAAUUUAUAAACGUAUUAACAUAA